AUGAUUGAAAACAUGAAUCCAUCAUUUCUCCCGCGUGAUACUUACCACGGUAUCCAACAGAUUCAAGAAGCCGUUGAGAUCCUCCGCGACCCUACCCGUCGCUUGAAACACGACCAAGAGCUCUCUCGCUUCAGACGUGUCGUCGUCGAAGAGUACACCGAGUAUGACGCCUCCUACACCGGCUGGAGACCCCAUAAUCCCAUGUGGCAUGGCGUGCACAACCCAAGUGAUCGGUACAUGUACAGCUAUGGCAACAGCGUGCACAUGAACCCGAACUCUCCGGAGUCUCAAGAGGAAAAAGAGAGAGUGGAACAUGAGAGGAGGCUUGGCGAGGAAAUUAGAAUGGAGCAGGAAGAAAUAAGAAUGAAGGAGGAAGAGGAGCGCUUCAUGGCGAAGCAGAGAUCUGAGGAGGAGGUGUUGAAGGAGGAGAGGCGUCGAAGGGCGAUGAGGGCGAGAAUAAUAAGGGAUGAAGAGUUAAUGGCGGAGGGACACGCGCGUGAUGAUGAUGAUUCCCAGGAGAGCCAUUCUGAAAGGGUGGCUCGUCCGGGUUACUCUACUAAUUCUAGAGAAUCGGGGUACGACGGCGGGGAAUCUGACUUCUACCGGGGACAGCAGUAUGUCCAAGAGGGAGAGUAUUGCCGUCAUCUCCACUGGGAAUGCGGCGAGGGCUUUGCUGCGCACAACAAUGCCCAAGACGACCUGCUCAACUUCCAAGACAGUGCAUACGAAGACGUCGACCAAGCUAGUGGAAGCGAGUACGAAGACCAUGAGUAUUACGAGGAAGAGGAAUCCUACGAAGACCACGAUGCCGAUGACAGCGCCUCCUCCAACCAGUCCACCCAACGGACUGCUACUGAAUACAACACUGCAUAUCGGGAGCGAGACGAUCUCAGCUCCGUCAAUCUUACUGCGGACGAAAGCAAGCUCUCUGAUUCUCAAUAUGAAACCGGCAGGGAAGAUGCCUCAGAAGAAGACCCAUUCUACUUUUCCUUCAGCGAGCAUACCCAGUCCGUCAACGGCGGAGACACCUCCAGUCUCGAUCAAGAGCAGCCCACUGUUUCAGAAGACAACUACAUCAGGGUCGACACGGAUCUACACUCGCAACUUGCCCCGUUCCUGCCGCUAUUCGAGAGCAAAUUGAACCACCCGAGUGGUCUGUACACACGAGCCGACAUGCACUGCGAGCUGCGUGGCAUCGUGAUGGAGACAUUCUGCGGUUGGCUUGAGAACCUGCGCUUGGGCUUCUCGGAAGCCGACAUCGAGAGCACCUCCAGUCAUCGCUUUGGUGAUUUGCAUGACACCUCGGAGACCUGCGAUCAUCUUGGAUACUGGACCAAGGAAUAUGGACGUGACGAGUGCGAGUUGUGUCAUCGGUGGAAGCCCAUCUUUACGCUAACCUGCCCCAGUUGCGGUCUCAAGGCGUGUGUAGUCUGUAAAUUUCGGUGCUGA